AUGAUUCUAUGCUUUCUUGAAAAGAAAGAUAACAAGAAGAGCUUCAAAACCCUCUUUCAGAUCCCUCAUUUUCUUCAUCCACACACAAGCAAAUCAAUCAUGGGUCAGGGAACUCCCGGCGGUAUGAACCGGCAAGGUAUGCCUGGCGAUCGGAAGAACGAUGGCGAGAAGAAGGAGAAGAAAUUUGAACCAGCAGCACCGCCGGCUCGUGUUGGACGAAAACAACGGAAGCAGAAGGGACCAGAAGCAGCGGCUAGGUUACCCACGGUGACGCCACAUUCAAAGUGUAGGCUAAGGCUCUUAAAGCUUGAGCGAAUUAAAGAUUACUUGUUGAUGGAAGAGGAGUUUGUGGCUAAUCAGGAGAGGUUGAAGCCUCAGGAAGAGAAGACUGAAGAAGAUAGGUCAAAGGUCGACGAUCUUCGUGGAUCUCCGAUGAGUGUUGGAAACCUCGAGGAGCUUAUUGACGAGAAUCACGCUAUUGUAUCUUCGUCAGUCGGACCGGAGUAUUACGUUGGUAUUUUGUCGUUUGUCGAUAAGGAUCAGCUUGAGCCUGGAUGUGCAAUCUUGAUGCACAAUAAGGUUCUUUCUGUUGUUGGUCUUCUUCAAGACGAUGUGGAUCCCAUGGUGUCUGUGAUGAAAGUUGAGAAGGCUCCUUUGGAGUCUUAUGCUGACAUUGGUGGACUAGAUGCCCAAAUACAAGAAAUCAAGGAGGCAGUGGAGCUCCCUCUGACUCACCCUGAAUUAUACGAGGACAUUGGUAUCAAGCCUCCAAAGGGAGUCAUACUCUAUGGAGAGCCUGGAACAGGCAAGACAUUGCUUGCAAAGGCAGUGGCAAACUCCACAUCAGCAACUUUCUUACGUGUUGUUGGAAGUGAGUUGAUUCAGAAGUACCUUGGAGAUGGUCCUAAGUUGGUGAGAGAACUGUUCAGAGUUGCUGAUGACCUCUCCCCAUCUAUCGUCUUCAUUGAUGAAAUCGAUGCUGUUGGAACAAAGAGGUAUGAUGCCCAUUCUGGAGGUGAACGUGAAAUUCAGAGGACUAUGUUGGAGUUGUUGAAUCAGUUGGAUGGAUUUGAUUCAAGAGAUAGGAAGAUUGAGUUUCCACUUCCUGACAUUAAAACAAGGAGGCGUAUAUUCCAGAUACACACAUCAAGAAUGACACUAUCUGAUGAUGUGAACUUGGAGGAAUUUGUGAUGACUAAAGAUGAGUUCUCGGGUGCUGAUAUCAAGGCUAUUUGUACUGAGGCUGGAUUACUUGCUUUGAGAGAACGUCGAAUGAAGGUGACACAUCCAGAUUUUAAGAAGGCAAAGGACAAGGUUAUGUUCAAGAAGAAAGAAGACUUCAUUUACAGUUGGUUAGAAAAGCUUUAUGACAUACAUGCUUGUCGGUAUGGCAGGGUAUAA